AUGGAAGGAGUUGGGGCCCGACUGGGGCGGUCCUCGACCCGUUACGGACCGGCAACGGUUUUCACUAGACCGGUGAGAAAGUGGAAGAAGAAAUGGGUUCACGUUUCACCUUCUUCCGCUUCUUCUAAUUCCAAGAACAACACCAAUCACAAUCGCGGUUCUUCUAACAAUACUUAUAAUAACGAUUCUCAUCUUCUUCUUCUUUAUAAGUGGACCACUAUUACUGAAAGCCAGAACGCCAACAAUAACGGAAGUAAUGGGAACGUUAAGGACGCGCAGAUUGAACCGGUGGAAGAGCCUCCCCGGAGGAAAUUUAAAUAUGUUCCGGUAAUUUCUUUACGAUGCAAUUCUUGUGUUUUCUUUAUUGGUUUCAGUUUUAUUGGAUGA